AUGGUUUAUUAUCUUGCAGAUGGUAUAUACCCCUCAUGGGCUACUUUGGUGAAGUCCAUCAGUCUUCCUAUGGGGAACAAGAGGAAAUAUUUUGCUACAGUGCAAGAAGCAGCGAGGAAGGAUGUCGAGAGAGCUUUUGGGGUUCUUCAAUCUAGGUUCGCCAUUGUUCGAGUACCAGCUCGCAUUUGGGAUACUGAGACACUAGGAAUGAUCAUGAGGGCUUGUGUGAUCAUGCACAAUAUGAUUGUUGAAGAUGAAGGAGUCGUGGAUCCUAACGAGCAAUUCGAAUACGGAGGUGACAAUGUGCAACCUGAUCAUGGGCAGCCUACUCGUACACUUGAUGAGUUUAUUGAUGCACACAAAAGGAUCAGAGACAAGGAAACACAUAUGCAGUUGAAAGAAGACCUCAUCGAGCACCUUUGGAACCAUUAUCCGGACUUGUAUUAG